AUAUGAAUCCAUCAAGUAACUCGAAAAAACAAUCAUUUUUACAACUUUUAUCUAAUUCAUUAUUUUUUGAUAAAAGUAAAACAAAAUUUUCAUCAAGUACUGAAAUUAUUCACAUCAAAAAAACAAAGAAAUUCGAAAAAAUGAACGAAGAAUUACAUUCAUAUGAAAAUUUACUUGAAACAAAUUUUAAGAUUUCAAAAACCUCCAAACUUUCAAGUUCUGACAUGAUAACGCGUGAAUCAUCACAAGCUUUCAAAAAAGAAAAAUUUAAAAAUAUUUCCUUAAACUUUAUCAAAGAACGUUCAAAUUUAAAAUCUGAAUGGAAAUCUAAAUACUUGGCAUUGACAACCCAAAUGAAGGUGUUGGAGGAUGAGCUUGAAACACGAAUGAAGGAGUUGGAAGCUACCAAUGCCAAGUUAGGCGCAAAGAAAAAUGAAUUGGACCUAGGUGCACGCAACAAUGAAUUGGCUGCUCGAAUUGAAGAAUUGGAAGCUUCUAAUACCGAAUUAGACUAUCAGAAGAAAGAAAUUGAAGCUUCAUAUGCUAACAUUAAUAUACGCAACCAAGAAUUAGAGGCUCUAAAUAAAGAAAUAACUGAACAAACUAAGGAAACAGAAUCUUCAAAUGCCGAGUUAACUAUUAGGACCAAAGAAUUAGAGGUCUCUAACACCAAAAUAGAUAAUCAGAAGAAAGAAUUAGAGGCUUCUGAUUACAAGUUAGCUGAACAAAUUAAAGAAUUAGAAGCUUUUAACAUCAAGCUAACUUCACAAAUCAAGGAGUCUGAGGUUUCCAAUGUCCAGUUAAAUGCGCAAAAGAAGGGGAUUGAUGAUUUAACUGCUGAAUUAGAGGCUUCCAAUUCCCAGAAGAAGAAAACAAAGACUUCUAAUUCUGAAUUAGCGGCCUACAAGAAUGAUUUGAAAGUUUCCAAUGCUGAGAUGAACACUGAAAUUAAAGAUUCGGAUGCAAAAUUCUCCGAAAUAACAUUGAAAAAGGAUGAAUCAGAAAAUAAAUUGAUGCAGGACAUUGAAUAUCCACUCAAAUCAUCCUCACAUAUAAACAUAGAAUCACACCAUGAUCGUGAUAGGGUAUAG